AUGAAUAUUUCCAUAAGCUUAGCGUCAAAGAAGACGCGGCAUGCCGUUCUAAAACCUUCAUCCAAUCCGCCGAUUAUUUUCACUCCUGGUGAAAAAAUUAGAGAUCAAACCGGAUUCAUGAGAGGUCACGGAACGUAUGUAUCGGCUGGGUCAUUGAAGGCAACUGUAGCAGGAGUAGAACAAAAUAUUAAUAAACUAGUCACAGUUAGUCCAUUACGGUGUCGAUAUAAUGGAGAGAUUGGUGAUGUAGUGAUUGCUCGUGUAACAGAACUGGUGCACAAACGUUGGAAAGUAGAUAUAAAUGCUAGACUGGAUGCUGUGCUACUGCUAACUUCUAUUCAACUACCAGGAGGAGAAUUAAGAAGAAGAGGUAUGGAAGAUGAACAAUCAAUGAGAAGUUACUUGAGCGAAGGUGACUUAAUUAGCGCUGAAGUUCAUUCUGUAUUUGCUGAUGGUUCUUUAUCAUUACACAUGCGAAGUUUAAAGUAUGGCAAGUUAGGACAAGGAGUAUUAGUAAAAGUACAAUCUAAUCUAAUAAAACGUAGUAAAAAUCAUUUUCAUAACUUGUCAGCUGGAGUUAGUGUUAUACUUGGUAACAAUGGUUACAUUUGGAUUGAACCAACAAACGACAAUAAAGAUCCUGUUGGAUUUGAAGUUGAUCUUCAACAAGUAGUUGAUAUUGGUGAUAGACAAACAAUAUCAAGAGUGCGCAAUGUAGUAUUAGCAUUAUCUUAUUAUAAAAUGCUUAUAUAUGAUACAAGUAUACAGUAUGCAUUAGAAGAAUCAAACAAGUAUACUGUAUCAGAUUUAUUAACCGCAGAAGCUUGUUAUGAUAUCGCAAAUCUUACACGCCAUCGUUUACAAGCUAUGGGUGAAUAA